AUGGCACCUAUUGUUAUCGGCUCUCUCUGCUACCACUACCUGGCCGUCGAUGUCAUUGCUCCCUUUGACUUGAUCUUCGGCGGUACCAAGCAGUUUAUGGACGGCAUGAGAAUAUACACGCCAACUGUUACCGACUCGUUAGUUGCAAAGGCACCAGAAUUUGUCUUCCAGCACAUUGGCCUUUCUCGCGAUCCCGUCGAUCUAACGGCUGGCCUUACUGUAAAGCCCACGUGUACUGUCGAUGACUGCCCCGAGCUAGACAUUCUCUUCCUUGGAGGCCCCAAUCCCGGCCCUUUCUCUCUCGAUCCGAGAUACGCUGAAUUCAUCCGCAAUCACGUGGCUUCAGGAAAGCCUCUAUUUACCAAUUGUACCGGUUCCUUCGUCGCCGCCAUAGCGGGUGUAUUGGACGGCAAGAAUGCCACAGGCAACCACCUUGAGUAUGAAUGGGUGAAGCACAAGUAUCCCAAGGUGAACUGGACAAGGGACAAGAAGUGGGUUGUCGAUGGAAACAUAUGGACGGCUUCCGGUCCUAUGGCGGGUAUGGACAUGAUUCUUCACUGGUUGCGGGAUAAUCAUGGAGAGGAAGUGUUUACUUGGGCGGCGAUGAAUCUCGACUACGAGCCUCGAGAUAUAGAUGGAGUGAAUGUGAUUCCUUUCCGUUAUGACGAGGAUGGAAAGCGGUUGUUUACUCAUGUUCAUCGGUAUCAUGACUCUUACUAA